AGGCGGCGGCGGCAGCUCAUCUCAGACCCAGACCCGUGGGCGGCUGCGGGUGGCGUUCGUCUGGGCGCGCUGAUAGGACGAGCAUUUGGCACGAGCCGCCACAUCCCAACAACACCCCGAAUUCUCACGGUGGAGCACAGAGGCUGGAUGUGUCCAUCUCUGGCUGCCGGACGCACUCCUCGAGACCACGGGACGGAUGCAAACCGACUAAACAUAUCUUGGCAAGUCAAAGCGAAGCUCAGCCUCUCUCUGUCAGCGGUUAACGGGAGGAGGACGUCUCUCACACCGGUGGACCAGCCGUCUCACGGGCAGAUGCCAUUCCACCAUGUGCGGGCUGGCUUGCUCUACCCAGACAACUACCUGAGCAGCUCCCUGACAGAGGGCAGCGAAGCCUUCCAGCUCACCAGUCUCUCCACCGAAGAACUGGGAGAGAUCCGUGAGGCGUUUCGUGUUUUGGAUCGUGAUGGAAAUGGCUUCAUCUCCAAACAGGAGCUGGGCAUGGCCAUGCGUUCUCUGGGUUACAUGCCCAGUGAAGUGGAGUUGGCCAUCAUCAUGCAGAGACUGGACAUGGAUGGGGAUGGCCAGGUGGACUUUGAGGAAUUCAUGACGAUACUGGGGCCUAAGCUGCUGUCGUCGGACAACAGAGAAGGAUUCCUGGGUAAUACCAUUGACAACAUCUUCUGGCAGUUUGACAUGCAGCAGCUGUCUCUGGAUGAGCUCAAGCAGGUGCUGUUCCAUGCCUUCCGAGACCACCUGACAAUGAAGGACAUAGAGAACAUCAUCAUCACCGAGGAGGAGAGCCUCAACGAAACCUCAGGGAACUGCCCUGAGUAUGAGGGAGUUCAUCCUCAUAAAAAGAAUCGGCAGACGUGUGUUAGGAAAAGCCUGAUCUGCGCCUUUGCCAUGGCUUUCAUCAUCAGUGUCAUGCUUAUUGCAGCCAACCAGAUGCUACGAAACGGCAUGGAGUAAACCUAUUGCACUGUGAGCAUGGGGAGUGGACAGAGCAGCCAUGACCUCACAUUUUGUCUUUGCAGCCAAAGCUGGACCAGCCACAACUAAAGCACUUCUCUUACAAUCUGUUCAGAUGUUGUGUUCAUUUUAACUUAUCUUAUGAAACAGACAGUGUUGGUAAAAUGUGGAGAGUCAUUUGCUUUUGCAAUGAAGAUGUCAGCAUGUAGAGUUAUUAGACAUACUGGUCAUAAAGAACCUGAACUACAAACGAUUAUGGUUUUUUAUAAAUCGUGACAGUAUAUGGAGGGGUUAUAUUUUGCUGUUUUUGAGACCAAAA